AAAAUUUAAUGUACUUUUAUAUCUUGUUGGAUUAAAUAAAAACAUAAGUUACACAGCACUGCCGGAGAGUGGGCCGCCAACAGCUGAUCGCGAAAGAAACAGUACCAUCAGCAGCUGAUUAGCAAUAUUUUUUUUUUGCUUUUCAUCAAUUUGAAAACAUUUUUUAAAUAUUUCAUUGCUCGAUUUUUGUCGAUUUUUCUUAAGGCUGCUGAAUGAAAACGACUCGAUAGUAGACAGAAAUCACAAUGUUGUUGAACUGCACGAGGGUAGCACACGGCUGCACGACUCUCCGGGUCUCGCAAAUCAGCCGAACAUCAUAUAACCACCACCAUAGCCUCCAACGACAGUUCCUGCCGCUGGGACGGGGCCUGCAGCGAGGAUUGCGGACACCGCCAAGGCCAACAGCGACGGCGACGGCGACGCCGUCCAGCAGCUGUGGUGGCCACCGCCUGCUGUUGUUUCACACGCUCCGCAUGCCGGCGUCGUGCCUGCGACGCGGUCUGGCCCAGACUGCCAACAAAAUAAGGUUUGUCGGCAAUGUCAAGCCAGGAAACGUUCCCGUUACAUCACCUAUAACUCUCCCGCCGAAAGUUAAGGUUGCCGUUGCUGCGAAAAUGGGGCGAUCACAUUACGGACGCCUGCUGAGCCUCACCAAGUCGGAGAAAUGGGUGCUGACAGCGGGUAUACUAUGUCUGAUCGUCUCAUCGGCCAUCACCAUGUCCGUGCCCAUGUUCCUGGGGAAGGUCAUCGACGUGGUCUUCAACAAGUCGGGCAUGGACAGUGCCGCUAUUGCUCGUCUAGGCGAGUACUCGCUGAUGCUCUUUGGGAUCUUUGUCUUGGGAGGUUUCGCCAACUUUGCCCGAGUCUAUUUGUUUGGAAAUGCAGCUCUCAGGAUUGUGAAGAAUCUUAGAUCCCGCGUCUACAAGUCCAUGCUGAUGCAGGAGGUCGGCUGGUUCGACACCAAGGGCACUGGCGAGCUGAUCAAUCGCCUGAGCAACGACACCUACAUGGUGGGCAUUUCCCUGAGCAAUAAUGUCUCCGAUGGACUUCGUUCCCUGGCUAUGAUUGGCGUUGGAACGGGAAUGAUGAUCUACACCUCGCCCCAACUGGCGGCUGUGAGUGCGUUGGUGGUGCCCGCCAUGGCUGGCAUGGCCAUCGUUUAUGGACGCUACGUGCGAAAGAUUACCCGCAGGGAGCUGGACAAGUACGCCGAGAUCAUGAAGUAUGCGGAGGAGCGAUUCGGAAAUGUGAAGACUGUGAAGACCUUUUGCCGGGAACAGCAGGAGGUGGCGGCCUUCGACAAGAAGCUGGACGAGGCUCUCCAGAUUGGUUACAAAGAGACCCGGGCCAAGUCCAUAUUCUUUGGAUUGACUGGCUUCUCGGGCAACUUUAUAAUCAUUUCGGUGCUGUAUUAUGGCGGCACCUUGGUCCUGGAGGACCAACUGACCAUCGGUGCUCUCACCGCCUUCAUGCUGUACGCCGGCUACGUGGCCAUCUCGAUGAACGGACUCUCCAAUUUCUACAGCCAGCUGAACAAGGGCGUGGGCGCUUCGGAACGAAUUUGGGAGAUCCUGGACCGGGAAUGCUCCAUACCCAUUGACAAGGGCAUUAUGCCAGCCACUAAACCCGUGGGUGAUGUCGGCUUCCAGAAUGUCUUCUUUUCGUUUCCCACACGUCCCGAAUCCGCUGUACUCUCGGACUUCUCGCUCAAUCUACUGCCCGGCCGGACGACGGCGGUGGUGGGCCGAUCGGGAUCGGGUAAAACGACAAUAGCUCUGCUGCUGCUUCGACUCUACGAUCCGCAGGGGGGCACCGUGGCUCUGGAUGGCAUGGAUCUGCGAACGGUGAACCCGCAAUGGCUGAGGGACAACAUCGGAGCGGUUAGCCAGGAGCCGAUCCUGUUUUCGGGCACCAUUCGGGAGAAUAUCCUGUACGGCGUGAAUCCCGGGGAUGAUCAUAGCGAGGAGCUGCUGCAGCGGGUCGUCCAAGAGGCUAACAUUAGCCAGUUCACCGACCAGCUGCCCGAUGGCCUCGACACGUUGGUGGGCCAGCGGGGCAUGAUGCUGAGCGGUGGCCAGAAGCAGCGAGUCGCCAUCGCCAGGGCCCUGAUUAAGAACCCAACCAUUCUUAUCCUGGAUGAGGCCACCAGUGCCCUGGACGCCAUGUCCGAGCAGCUGGUGCAGAACGCCCUGGACCGGCUCAUCCAGGGACGCACUGUCCUGACCAUUGCCCACCGACUGAGCACCGUCCGUAAUGCCGACCAGAUAGCCGUCCUUAGCGACGGCCGGAUCGUCGAGCAGGGCACCUACAUCGAACUGAUGAACAUCCCGAACGGCGUCUUCCGGGAAUUGGUUGCCACUCAGGCCUUUGGCGGCCAGGAACCAAGUCAGGAGGGGCAGGAUGGCCAGGCACCAAGCCAGGAGGGGCAGGACGGCCAGGCACCAAGCCAGGAGGGGCAGGACGGCCAGGCAGCAAGCCAGGACGGCAAGGAACCACGCCAGGUGUAGAGGGAAUGCCGCUAGGGUGUGGGUGCUUAGUUUAGAUGUUAUAGUUUAAGUGUGAUCCGCCGCUGGCUGGUGGUGGUUUCGCUGGUGCAUCUCUGUUACCGGGGCUAUGUGUUCAUAUAUAGUAUAUAUCCGGAUGUGUAUAUCUCUGAUGUAUACAUCUCUUGUUUUUAAUCCUUUGUACAAUAAUACAUGACCAAUGUUGACGAGAA